AUGGAAAAUGGGAAUCACACUGUAGUGAAAGAGUUUGUUAUCCAGGGGUUGUCACAGCUCUGGCAGAUGCAGCUAUUCCUUUGUGUUCUUCUCCUGCUCUUCUACAUCAUCAUCCUACCUGCAAACUUUGUCAUCAUUCUGACAAUCUGUAAGGACCCCCAUCUGGGAUCCCCCAUGUUUUUCUUCUUAGCCAACCUGGCCUUCUUGGACAUCUGCUACAGCUGUGUCACUCCACCAAAGCUCAUGGCUAACAUAUUCUCUGGCCGCAGAACUAUAUCAUAUCUGGGAUGUAUCACUCAGAUUUUUUUCAUUCAUUUUCUUGGUGCAGCUGAGAUGUUCCUUCUCAUUGCCAUGGCCAUUGACCGGUAUGUGGCCAUCUGCCAGCCACUGCGCUAUGGUACUAUGGUGACCCAAGUAGUCUGCUGGGGUAUGCUGGUAUGUUCAUGGGUUGGAGGGUUCCUGCACUCCAUAAUCCAGGUCAUUCUCAUCAUCCCUCUCCCAUUCUGUGGUCCCAAUGAGCUCGACAACUUCUUCUGUGAUAUCACCCAGAUCAUUAAGCUGGCUUGCACCAGCACUUACAUAUUAGAAUUUUUCAUGUUUGUUAGCAGUGGCCUGGUAAGUACUGCAUGUUUCAUCCUCCUCCUCAUCUCUUAUGGGGCCCUGCUAAUAAAGGUGAGAACAAGUUCAAGCCAUGGAAAGAACAAAGCCUCGUCUACGUGCAUCACCCACAUCAUAAUCGCCUGCAUCAUGUUUGGUCCAGCCAUCUACAUCUACUGCCGUCCCUUCCAGGAUUAUCCCUUUGACAAGGUGGUGGCCUUUUUCCACACUGUGGUCUUCCCUCUGAUGAACCCCAUGAUCUACACACUGAGGAACAAGGAGAUAAAAGUUGCUAUGUGGAGACUGAUGAAGAAAUAUGGGAUAUGGCUAACAACAAAGAAUAGUAAUAUAUUUAAAGAUAACUAUGAAAAAACAUGGAAAGAAAUAAAAAGAAAUUUGGAGAUUUGGGGAAGAAUGAAUAUGUCACUGUUAGGAAGGAUAUCGGUGAGGACAAGCUCAAGCUGUGAAAAGAACAAAGCCUCAUCUACGUGCAUCACCCACAUCAUCAUUGCCUGCAUCAUGUUUGCUCCAGCCAUCUACAUCAACUGCCAUCCCUUCCAGGACUAUCCCUUUGACAAGGUGGUGGCCUUUUUCCACACCAUGGUCUUCCCUCUGAUGAAUCCCAUGAUCUACACACUGAGGAACAAGGAGAUAAAAGUUGCUAUGUGGAGACUGAUGAAGAAAUAUAAAAAUUAG